CGCCUGAGAACUUUCGGCGGCCGCGACUCUCGUCCGUCGAAAGUUUCCCCGAGGUUUUCGUCCGCGCGGUUCAACGAUCCGACCGCGCUGUGUCUCACGAUGAAUUCCGCGGCGCCGCCGUGAAAAAUCUCACGCUCCGCGCGACGGCCGUCGCCAGGAGAAACACACGUGGCGAACUUCCGGAUUGCGAACAUCCGGGAGAUCGCGCCUGUCGACGAGCCGACGACUCCGCCAUUGAGCGCGGCACACUUGAAUACUACGCGGCCGGGCCUCGAUCCAUGGACUUGAUCGAGACAACACCAUGUGAGCUUCGCAGUCCGUUUAUAGAGGCGAGGAACACGUUAAAAAAGCAAUGCGCAAUAAAUAUACAAAUGUUGCGUAAUUCGCCCGUUGAAUCUCCUGCAUGUAACAUAUAUAUAUGUCUAGCUGUUGCAAGAGCGAAUCGAAGUUAAUUUGAAAAAAAACUAUUCCGUCCCGCUUGUUCUUCGCGAUAAUCGACGAACAUCACGAUAGUGUACCAGCGAGGAAUUAUGUAUUAAAACUGCAGCUAAAGGAAAACUAUUAUCGCUUACGUCGUUCGUCUUACUGUAUACCAUCAACCCGCACAAUUAUCCGGAUACGAUCAAUUAAUAUCUGUGGUGCAAAUCAUGAAAAAUUGCACUGACCUACAUGUCGGGAAAUGCGUCGCGGCGUGUAUCGAUCGGAACGUGAUCGUAGUAAUUACCACGUCGGUUGAACGCAAUCGUGUAUGUUAACGUUCUGGAACGAUCGAUGCAGGCGGUUCGUGCGUGAAUUUACAGAACAGGCAUAGUCUUUAAUCCCCUUUGUCCCCUUACAUGUUUAUUUGCAGCUGCAAAGUUGUAGGGAGCAAGGAAAGUCGGAAAGAGAGAAGUAGAGAAAACAUCAGCUAGACACAUAUGGCGCAAUCGCGAAACGAGACGGCACAUGCGAUUGAGUAUACGUGUGCGCAUACACAUGUUUUAUAUGUUACCUGGCUUUAAGGAUCAUUAAAACUGGCGAGGUACCUACACACGUGGCGUUUAUCAUGGAUGGUAACAGACGUUACGCAAAUAAAAGAAGCAUAGCCAAGAAAGAGGGACACUCAAAGGGAUUUGAAAAAAUGAUAGAAACAUUGAAAUGGUGCUUAGACCUCGGCAUUACAGAGGUCACAGUUUAUGCUUUUAGCAUAGAUAACUUUAAUCGUAGUGAUGAAGAAGUUAACGAUCUCAUGGAUUUUGCCAGGCAAAAAUUCAGAAGUCUUUUAAAAGAAUUAGACAAACUGACGGACGCUGGAGUGUGCGUUCGUGUGAUUGGUAACUUGUCUUUGCUUCCAGAAGAUGUAUCCCAAUUAAUUGCUCAAUCUAUGAUCGCCACGAAGGAUAAUAAUAAAAUAAUUUUAAAUAUAGCUUACCCUUAUACAUCAAGGGAUGAACUUACUCAUGCAAUUAAAGACAUAACAAAAGGUAUAAAACAUAAUAAUAUCUUACCAGAAGAUAUUAACGAAGACUUACUUUUUGACUGUUUAUAUACUUACAAGUCUCCAAAUCCAGAUUUAUUAGUUCGUACUUCCGGGGAAACUCGACUUAGUGACUUUUUCAUGUGGCAAAUUUCUAACACUUGCAUCUACUUCACCGAUGUUUUAUGGCCUGAUUUUACUAUAUGGACAUUUCUCGCUGCAGUUUUUUAUUACCAAAGUUGUUCUGACUUGCGAAAAACUAGAAACAAUUUAAAACCUAUCGUGCAUAAUAGUAGAGUAUCUAUGUAUGUUGAUAAGAUACACCACGAACGCGAAACUAUGAUCGAAAAUAUCAGCAAUAUCAGAAGUUCUGAAAAUAAAAUAUUCUAAUGAGUGUCAGCGAAAAAUGCUGAAAAUUUUGUUGUGUGUAUUUUACUUCAAAUUAACUUUUUAUUAUACAAUUUUGGAUAUAGUACAAUUUACUUAGGUAAUUUUAUUCUUUAUAUUAAAUUAUGUUUCUCAAAUUAUUACAGCAAUUAAAUUGUUUUAUGUCUUGUAUAUCAGCAAACUUAAGAUAUAUAGUAAAUUUAUGCAUAUAUAAAUUUAUAGUCACAUAUAACUAAUCAAAUAAUUAAAUAAACAUAAUUGUAUGAGAAAACUAACAUCAAAA